AUGAUCCGUCUAGGAGAGAAGAUGGAAGUUGUGAGUGUGAAUCUGAUCGUUAAAGCUUGUUCUCAUGCGACUAAGGCUCACAAGUUCCCCGGAAAAUCAUACCUCACACACAAAAUCUCAGGAAGCCCUUCCGAUGUGAUCGUCUUCACCUUUCCCGGUUCUUGGCAUGUCAAUGACUGGUUCCACCACAAACAGUUCGGACAAGUUGAGAUCAACACCGAUUUAUUCCCUUCCCUCAAAAGCUUAAUCCCAAACCAACCUGCACCACUUCUUAACGAGGCAUUCUUACAGAAAUUCCAUCAACUUCUUCUAAACACAUCAUUUGAAAAAGAGGUGGGAAAAGCAAAGAGAGAGAAAAACCGUGUAAUAUUUGCUGGGCAUUCUUCAGGUGGUCCCAUGGCAAUACUUGCAACCCUUUGGUUCCUCGAGAAGUUUGAAAACUGCCAAACAUCUCCACCUCUCUGCAUGACAUUCGGUUCGCCCCUUAUUGGCGAUAAAAUCCUCAAAUACGCAGUGAACAGAGAGAAUUGGGCGCGUUUCUUCCUUCACGUUGUCCUGAGAUACGAUAUUGUCCCUCGUAUAAUGCUCACGCCUCUCUCUUCCAUAGAACAAGAUUUGGCAAAGCUCCUUCUCUACUUCAAUAAUCCCAAGGAACAGUCUUCUCAAACUGAAAGUGUAGCCGAAUCAUUGUUCGUCAAUGUCAUGAAGAACGUGUCGUGUGUGGCGAACCAUUCCGCCUGCUCUCUCAUGGAGUGUACAAACCCGUUACUGCAAAAUUUCACCAACUUCAUCGAUAUCAGCCCUUACAGACCUUUUGGAACUUAUAUCUUCUGCACAGGAAACGGGAAGCUAAUUGCAGUCAAUAACCCAGAUGCGGUUCUUCAAUUGCUUUUCAGUUGUGCCCAGUUAACCAACGAGGCAGAAUUUAGCGAUGUAGCUGUCAAAAGCAUGAAACAAAAUCUGGGUUACGAAGAUGAAUUGAAGGAAAGCUUAGAGAUGCAAAAUCUUGUCAUUUUGGACGAUCAUCUUGAAGACCAAGACAACUCCCCCGCCUUAAAUGACCUCGGCCUGGACACAAGAGCAAGGCUAUGCCUUCGAGCUGCAGCAGCACUAGAGAAACGUAAAGAGGAAAAUCAGAAGAGAGUCGAUUCUUACAAGAACAAAAUUAGCGAAAAGCUAAACCACAUAAAAGACUACCAAACAGAAUCCGAAGCUCGGAAGGUAGGUUACUACGACGCCUUCAAGUUGCAGAAUGAAGAAAGAGAUUUCCAAGUUAACGUGGCCAGGCUCGAGUUAGCAGGCAUUUGGGACGAGAUCAUUGAGAUGUUGAAGAGAGAGGAACUUCCAGACGCAUUUGAAAGCCGGAAAGAUUGGAUAGAACUGGGGACUUCGUUCAGACGACUGGUGGAGCCCCUAGACAUUGCCAAUUACUAUAGGCAUUUAAUGAAUGAAGACACCGGCCCAUAUCUUAUAACUGGAAGGCCAACACGUUACAAAUACACGCAAAGGUGGAGAGAAAAUGUGGAAAAGGAAGAGAAGCCAUGUGAGAGCUCUGAGUCUUGUUUAUGGGCUGAGGUUGAGGAAAUGAAGAUGAGACCUUAUGAAGAGAUCAAAAAUCAAAUUCAAUCCAUGGAGAGAAACCUAUUGCAUUGGAUUGAUAAGGGUAUGAUCGGUAGGGACGUGUUUUUGGAACAAUCUACAUUCUCCAAAUGGUGGAAACCACUCUAUCAGAAUCAUAGAUGGGAAACCUGCCUUCAACACUACAUAUAACCACCCAUUAAAUAGUGGUUUUGUAACAUUCCCAUAAUUUCUUCUACUGAAUAAGAUACUCUGUACAAGUGGAAUGAAUGAAUGAAUAAAUUCGCAAUUUAUCAAUAAAUAGAAGGAUUCAUUUUUAAGAACAUCAA